AUGGAGUUUGGACGCAUCCCAGAGAAACCAAAGUCUGCCCUUCCUCAGGGUACAUAUCUGCUUCCCGCUUCUGAACAAAUCUGUGUCGCGGAAUACAUUUACUACAGGCUGCGCCAACUGGGAGUAUGCAGUAUUCAUGGUGUGCCUGGCGAUUUCAACCUCGCUGCAUUAGACUACGUUGAAGCAACCGGUCUACAUUGGGUGGGAAACUCCAAUGAGCUCAAUGCUGGAUAUGCUGCAGAUGGUUAUGCAAGAAUCAAGGGCCUAUCUGCGCUGAUGACUACUGGGGGGGUGGGGGAACUGUCGGCUCUGAACGCAAUCGCAGGAGGGUAUGCAGAAAAAGUGCCCAUCGUCCACAUUGUCGGCACGCCGCCGACGCACCUGCAGGAUCAAAACGCAAACUUGCAUCACUCACUGGGGGACGGGAAUCUCCGACUUUACGCAUCUAUAUAUCGAAAUUUUACUUGCGCCCAAGCGAACCUAAGAGAUCCUACGCAGGUCCCACGUUUAGUUGACGACACCUUACGUCAGUGCUUGUUGCACAACAGGCCAGUCUACAUAGAACUACCGGCUGAUAUGGUCAAGGUAUCUGUCUCUGCCUCACGCCUCAAGACGGCGAUCGACUUCUCAUUACCGCCGAGCGAAAGCCGGGGGAGGGAACAACAAGCCGUCAAGGGUUUCGUUCAAGCAGUUUUAUCAGCCUUACAACCGUUGAUUAUCCUGGAUGGAUGGGUGUCUCAAUACGGCUUUGAGCAAGAGGCGGAUGAGCUAGUGCGCUUAUCAGGCUUCCCAACGGCCACGACGCCUUUUGGAAAGGGAAAAGUGAACGAAAGUUAUUCAAAUUUCUGCGGCGUUUACGCAGGUGCAGCUGGCAGUCCGGAGUUUCUGAAGUGGGUGGCCAAUUGUGAUCUUGUAAUUCGAUUAGCACCACUUGAUGCCGAUACCAACACGUAUGGAUUUACCACCCUUACGAACCGGAGCGUCACCAUCGAAAUACAUCAGUCAGAAAUCAGCAUUCGCGGGGCGGUCUACUCGGAAGUUAAUGUCAAGAGUGUUCUCCAUGAGGUUCUCUCUCAGCUGGUUGAGCUUGGUCCAGCCAUGUUGGCUUAUAAUGGGUCAUGCAUCGAUCUGAAAAAGUUGAAUUUAACCGCUCUUCCGGACACCCCAGCUGACACGGCAUGCAUCACGCAGGACAUGUUCUGGCGUUUUAUCUCCCGACUCUUCCGUCCGGGAGAUACCAUUAUAGCAGAAACUGGGACAACUUAUGCAGGUUGUUGUGACUUUGCGCUUCCACCCAAAACUACAAUCAUCAACUCCGCUCUCUGGUUAUCCAUCGGAUACGCGUUAGGGGCAUCUGGCGGCGCAGCACUCGCUCAACGAGAAAUGAUAGAGCAAGGUGUUCGAAUGGAAGGAAGGACAAUUUUAUUCGAAGGGGAUGGCAGCUUCCAAAUGACUGUCCAAGCCAUCAGUGACAUAAUUCGGAAUCGCCUUGACCUGAUCAUGUUCAUCGUCAAUAAUAAUGGGUAUACAAUCGAGAGGUACAUCAAUGGAAUGGAAGCGCACUAUAACGAUAUCCAACCGUGGCGCUAUCUGGACACUCCAUGGUACUUUGGGGCAGCAGAAAAUACCACGGAGUACCCUGUGUUUACCAAGCAGGUAAAGACAUGGGGAGACCUUGAAAGGGUUCUUGAGGACAACCAUGUGAAAGAUGGCAAGGGCUUAAUAAUGGUUGAGGUCAUUCUGGAUAAGGAGGACGCGCACCCCUUACUAAAACAGCAAAUGGAGUUGGUCUGCAGGCAGAACAAAGCUCGCUGA